UGUCCUUACCUGGUUUGGCCUACAUGUGACCCGAGCCCCACGGCAUUGUGGUUGACUCUUAACUGCCCUCUCACUGGCCUAACAAUUCACACUGUUCAAGGGUAAUAGGGAUGGGCAACAAAUGCCAGUCUUGCCAGUGAUGCCCACAUCCCUUGAAAGAAUAGACAAAAAGUGUUUGGCAUUGGUUGGUGCUUGGAAAAUGCAGCAAUGUCCAUUUUGUGCUCUUACAAGAUUCAGGAGCUGACUAGUUAUCAUUUUCUCCAUCCAGUUUUAUCUUCUUUUCCCCUGCCUUCCCUGAAGGUGGCAAUUUGCAUCCUUGUACAAGACUUACAAGGGUUCAUUUUUUUUGGCAAGUGUAUUAAACGUUACAGAACCAAGAUUGGCCGAAACAGCAAGUUUAGCCUAAGCUCAUUGUAGUUUCGGAGAAUGUGAGAUGAUCUUAUUGAAACAUAUGAAGGAGCUUGACAGGGUAGAUGCUGAAAGAAUGGCCAAUCUGGAACUAAGGGGCAAGGGGUCACUCAUUUAAGACGGAGAUGAGGAGGAACUUCUUCUCUCGGAGGGUUGUUAGCGUUUAGCAUCCUCUUCCCCAGAGAGCAGUGGAGGCUGGGUCGUUGAAUAUACUCAUGGCUGAGUUAGACAGAUUUUAAUUGAUAAGGGACACAGCGGUUAUGGGGGGAAGUCAGGAAAGUGGAGCUAAGGCCAGACCAGAUCAGCCAUGAUCUAAUUCAUUGAUGGAGCAGGCUUGAAGGGCUGAAUGGCCUACCCCUGCUCCUAUUAUGUUCUAAUCUUAUAUUCUUUUCCUCUGAAGGUGGCAACUUCCCUUGACACACAAGACUUCCAAGGGUUGAUUUUUGUUAGGCAGUGUUGUCAAGUGUUACAGAACAAUGGUGGGCAGAAGGAGUUAGGAUUCAGAUCAUCCAUGAUCUAAUUGAAUGGUGGAACAGUGUAGAGGGGAUGAGCGGCCUACUCCCUUUCCAGUGAUACUACAACCUCCGCCGCGAGCAACGAUUGCAAGGAGUGCCUCAUAGGCUUUUGGAUGAGAUGUUCCGAUGUCUCAUGACCCUAUUCAAAGAAGAGUAAGGAGUUUUUUCCCAGCAUCCUGCCCAAAACCUAUCCUUUAACCAAGACCAAUUUAAAAUAAAAAGCUUAUCUGCUCAGUUUUCAUUUUGCUGUUUCUGGGACCUUGUAUCUAAAUUUCCCGCUGCAUUUACCUACAUCACAACCGUAACUGCACCUCAAAACACAAAUGGAUUAAGGAAUUAGGAGGACCAGAACGCCAUGAACGUUCAAGGGUCCUCUGCACCUUCCCUCCCUGCCCCAACCCCUGGCCCUGCCUCACUUGCCAAUCCCAGGGGCCCACUGCCCGUGUAGUAAAACGUGUGAAUAGAAUGGCUACAGGCUCCAUCGAAAUCCUGUCACAAGGCACUGCGGCUAACUGAAACCGCUUAAUUUUGUCACUUACCGUAAGGAAAGUAAAAUAACUACUGUUUGCUUGAUGGGAAAUGGUCACUAAAUCUGUAGCAUUCAUAAGCGUACAGGUUACAGGUAUGUGGAUGUUAUGUGACCCUUACACCCAUGCCUUGUGUUUUCCAAGGCUCCUGUGGCAGUUGGUAUUGGAAGAUUAAGUUUUAUGUGUCUGUUUCCACUUGUUUCUGUUCUGCUGAAUUUGUGUGAACCGUAGAAUGUUACGGCACACACUGGGGCCAUUCGACCCAUCAUUUUUGUUUUGGCUCUUUGAGGGAGCUAUUCAGUUCGCCCCACUCCACAGCCUUUUCCUUAUAACCCUGCAAAUUUUCCCCUUCAAGUGUUCACCCAAUGGCCUUUUGAAAGUUACUGUUGAAUCUGCUUUCACCACCCUUUCUGGCAGCGCACGCCAGAUCAUAACAACUCGUUGCGUUUUAAAAGCAGUGUCCUCACCUAGCCUCUCAUUAUUUUGCUAAGAACCUUAAAUCUGUUGACUCUGGUGACUGAUCCGUUCUGCCACUGGAAAUGAUGGAAAUGCCUCACUCUAGUGAUGUACCAGACAGCAAUGAGCAAUGUUGACAAUUAAAAUGAUGUAAAAGUUGUUCCAAAGUGGACGUUCUUAAUUAAGGUGGUUUUUAACAUUGCAAAACAAUAUAAAUGCAAAGCAUAGGAUCCCGAGAGCAACCCAAAACCUUCCAAAGGCCAGUUCUUCAUUCAUCAUACCUAGAGCUUCCCUGGCAACCAUCCAAAAUAAACUUCAAAGGCAAAAAAGCUUAAUCCUGGCACGAUAGCCAGGAACUUGAGCCAGCAUAAUUUAAAUAUCGAAUUGUUGAAAGUGUUAAAUUUGUCUAAUUUAGCCCUGCAAAUUCAUUCUCUUCAAAUGCGUGUCCCUUUGCUGUCUACUUUGCCUCAGUGGGGCAAAGGUAUUAACUGAGCAUGAGCAGUCCCCCUCUCAGAAAUGGAAUGGAAGAUCGUGGAUUAAAUGAUAUAGGCUCGAAUCGUACCAGCUCACCCAGUUUCCUGAUUUCCCUGCCCAGCUGAGUAUGAAAGUGACCUCGACAUAUGAUAAGCUGAUACUCAGUGCUGUUCUUGAGGUGCCCACUUUCUGGGAGUUGGCCAGUGUGAGCUUUUUUUGAAGCUGAUGACGAACUUAUGCUCAUUUUCUUGGUGGGGUCAGUGGGGAGGUGGUUGGCCUCUAUAAAUCUCAGAUAAGUAAUGAUGUACGCGAAGUAAACCUCUGCUGUCAACCUGAGAGUUAAAUGUUAACCAUGUAGGAGGGCAGAGUGCAGUGUGGUGUGGUUCCUGGCUGACUGUGCCACAAGUUGAAAUGGAAAGAAUGCCAAGGAAACCAGUGUGCAUUAAUGACUUUGAACAACAUGCGAAAGAUAUCCUUCCCAAAGCGGUAUAUGAUUACUACCGUUCAGGAGCAGAUGAACAGCAGACAUUAAGGGACAAUGUGGCUGCUUUCUCAAGGUGGAGGCUCUGCCCACGUGUGCUUAGGGAUGUGUCAAAAAUGGACUUGUCUGUGACUGUCCUGGGAGAGAGAAUUAGCAUGCCCAUUUGUGUUUCGGCCACUGCUAUGCAAAGGAUGGCCCAUCCAGAUGGCGAAGUAGCAACCGUAAAAGCUUGCAGAUCUCAAGAUACAGGAAUGAUGCUCAGCACCUGGGCUACCUCCAGCAUUGAGCAGGUAGCUGAGGCUGUGCCCAGUGCCAUUCGCUGGCUGCAGUUGUACAUCUACAAGGAUCGGGAGCUCACCAAAUCCCUAGUGAGGAGAGCGGAAAAGGCCGGCUUCCGAGGAAUCUUCUUAACCGUGGAUACUCCGUACCUGGGGAAGCGUUUAGCAGACGUGCGGAACAAAUUCAAACUGCCCCCUCACCUCAGGAUGGCAAACUUUGAGACACUCGAUCUGGCAUUUUCCAAAAAGGACUAUGGAGAUGAUAGCGGAUUGGCCGUAUACACAGCAGAUGCUAUCGACUCCUCUGUAAAAUGGGAGGAUAUUGACUGGCUGAGACAGCUGACCAAGCUGCCCAUUGUUCUCAAAGGCAUCUUGAGGGCUGAUGAUGCCAGAGAGGCGGUUAAGCAUGGAAUUGUUGGGAUACUUGUAUCAAAUCAUGGAGCGAGGCAAUUGGAUUGUGUACCAGCAACUAUUGAUGCCCUUGCUGAGAUCACUGAAGCUGUAGAAGGGAGGGUUGAAGUCUUCUUGGAUGGUGGAGUGCGGAAGGGCACCGAUGUGCUGAAAGCUCUUGCUUUGGGCGCCAAGGCUGUGUUUUUGGGAAGACCAAUUCUCUGGGGGUUGGCAUACCAGGGAGAAGAAGGAGUUUGUGAUGUGCUGCAGAUGUUAAAGGAAGAAUUCAAGCUAGCAUUGGCUCUCGCAGGUUAG